CAAAUGUGUAAUUAGUUGAAUUCGAGUCUCAGUGCUGCGCGGUCACAGAAAACGGGAAAAGUUGAAGAAAAACAGAAAUAAAUACUUCAGAAACAUAGGAAGUUCUUGUAUAUUAACUCACGCGGAGUAUCCGAAAUGCACAUACAUCCGAGUUCGCCGAACAGCUCCACACCAUCUGAAGAAAACGCUGCUAUAAAAAUUCAAGCCGGAUUUCGUGGUUAUAGGGUGCGCAAACAAUUAAAUCAUCAUCAACCCCGCUGUUCCACAAACGGAUAUCACUCCCAUCGGAAUACCGCUCAUCGCCGACAUCAACGCCAGCACGAAGCUAUGGAGAACCAUAAUGGCAGAAGACACAGUUCUUCGGGCAACGGUAAUAAUGCUUCUGGACAGUUACGCGAUCAGGGUGAUCAAAAUGGGGAUAGUAACACCAUUGAAGAUCGCUGUGCUACCAAAAUUCAGGCAGGCGUUCGAGGAUUUUUAGUUCGUAAGAAACAGAAAAUAGCUACGGAUGCAGCAACCAAAAUACAGGCAAGCUUUCGGGGCUUCAGAGUUCGUAAGGAAGCACAAAAAUUGAAACAAAAAUAAAGUGUAAAAAUAACUCAAUAUCUCAAUAUCAAUUAAGUGGAAAAUCUUUACCGAAAAGAAAUUGAUUAAAAAAUUAAAAAAA